UAGUCUCUAUUCAUUGAACGGCACAGAUCUUAUUUCCUCAUUCCUAUCCUACUCAGACCACCACUUGCGGGCUCUCCGCCCGCAAUCACCAACGCAACCAACAGAGAGAGGGAGAGAGAGAGGGAAUUGUCGAGAAUACGAUGUCGUUUUCUUCCUCCUUAUCAUCUCCACAGCCUCUAUCCCUCUUCUCCAAACCCUCCAGCGGCUGCAAAGCUGCAAUCUCUCGCUUCAGAGCUUCUGCUGACGUUCCCGAUUUCCUCUCUGCAGAUUGGCUUGAAUCUCGCAGGAAGAGACCUUUUGGCCCAAGAUUAAGUUUUAGUGCAGAAGAAGCUGUUAGAUACCAGCUUGAUGCAUUGAUGUUUAAUGACCAACCUCGUCAAGAUUAUGGGAUUGAAGUGAUGUACAGGUUUGCUGGAUUUGAUCCUUUUGAAAGGUCUACAUAUUUUGGGCCAUUCUUCGAUUUGGGGCAGUUUGAACGCUUCAGGCGAAUUUUUCACCAUUCAACCUAUCGAGUAUUACUUGGUCACAGGGAAAGGAAAAUCCUGAGCAGUUUGCAUGUGAAGGAGUGUAUUUGUAUAAACUAAAACAGAAUCGCUAUAAGCAACGGGUUUGGAUACGAGGGGCUCGUCCUGAAGAAGAAGAAACAUUUCAAUUUACUAUGGUUCAGAGGGUUGGUGGAUGUUGGGAUGGCUAUUGGCUGACAGAGUCUCUACUUCAUGACGGAGAUACUUUUUCCGGUGGUGUGGCUUACUGAUCAGUCCAUCCAGUUAUAAUGGUGGACCUCUGUCAAUUACCAAUGACUUGUGGUUAAAGCAUGACAAUGUUUGCCCUCCUCUUCUUCAGAUUAUGUACCUAUGUAAUAUAAAUGUGAACUGUUUCAUGUUUUAUCAAUGUGAGACCGAUCAAUCUAUGUAAAUACAAACUUGUAUAUACAAAUUUCAUACAUAGAUUUUUUAGCUGCUUGAUUUUUUCUUCUGACUUGUAUUCCCAAUCUCUUGGAUUUAGUUUUUUCUUCACCUUAAUCUAUUUGAAU